AUGCCCGGAAACGGCGAUGGAUCCUCUUUCGCCUUGAAGGGUGUCCUUGGGCUGGGGCCGGUAGAUCUCUCGCUCAACUUCACGAAUGGUAAUAAGAAGCCUCCGCCCAGGAAAGAUGACAAGACGACAGAGGACAAGAAGCCCGCAGGCCAAGAAGUUGCGAAUCAGCAAACAUGGUCUUUCGACGCUCAGCUUAUGAUUCCUGGAUCAACGACUACUCCUGCACCUCCAGAUGCAGUGACCCUCGGAGACCUGAUUGGAGGCGUCAUGGGCAAUGACUCCAAAGACUUGCUGCCACCUUCCGUGAACAACAUUCAGUUCAAAAGACCCAGGUCGCAAAAUCAGCUAUCCGUGAUCUUCGAAAAGCUUCUCCCAGAACAAAAGGAUGCAGCGGAUUCGGCAGCUGGGAAAGACCAGGCCCCCUUGCCCGCACAUUUUGUCUUCUCUAUGAUCCUCAACGUCUUUGGCUUCUCCUUUUCUUACACCCAAUGCCAAGAAAGCUCUGUCGCCACCGCUUCAUCUUCUGAGAAAGCGAAGCCAGCUCCCAAGCCAACCAAGCGAAUCGUGUCAGCUUCCCUCAACGACAUCCCAGACAUAGAUAUUCCUCUUAUCGGGGCUGUGCCGAAACCAGUCGAUCAGAUUCUGUAUCUCUGGGUUCAAGACACCGGCGAAACAACUGAGCCGAAAGCCACAGAUGACAAAAACCAGAAGGCUACGCUCAAGGGCUUGACAUAUGGAGAGGUUCAAGUCAUCAACAAGGUUCGUGGGUCCAAGGCCGCACCCCUCGUUUUCAAGAAAACACAGCAGGGGAAACUGGAGGACAGCACCGUCGUCCUGGCAGCUGGUCACCAUUUCCUGAUGACAGGCAAGGACGCACUGGGCAACACAACCGUCAUCCUUGACUAUGUCUUCGGCAGCACCUCAUCGCCAGCCUCCCCGCAGAAGCCAGUUUCUGGAAAGGAUUCAGAUACCCCUGUGCCAUCAACACCUGCUGUCAACGACGACGCAAACGCCAAACCUCCUGGCCUGGCCCCUUACAAGAAGUCAGCCGGCCCCCUGUCCAUUUCCUACAUUGGCUUCGGCUGGAAAGGCACUCUGAAAGAUGGCGCUCUGUCCAUUGUAUUCGAAGCUUCCGUCCUCGUCGGACCCAUCGGGUUUGCGCUUCUAGGGUUCAAGCUGGAAUUCCCCAUCACCGAAAUGACCAGCCUCCAGAACCUUCUAGCCCCCAAAGUAACCGUCGGCGGCCUCGCAGCUUCCUUCAGCAAGCCUCCUUUGACCAUCUCCGGUGCUUUCAUGCACAAGGUCGUCGAGGGCAACGACAUGUACGCGGAGCUCUCCUCAUCGGCUACAAUGUCUACCUCUUCCAAGCGGCUGGCUUCUACGGCGAAAUGA